AUGAGCUCCCAUGCUUCAGAAGGUGUAGUUCUUACGGGAAACCUCGUGGUUCAUAUUGCUGAGAAUGGUCACUCAUAUGAGCUCAACUGUGAUGAAUAUACCAGUGUUGAGGCUGUGCAGAAGUACCUACAAUCUGUUUCCGGGAUACCAUUUCAAGAUCAGCUGCUUAUGUGCUUGAACAUGAAGAUGGAAUUGCAAUGCCGACUCUCAGAUUAUAAACUCCCAUCCAAUGAUCGAGAAGUAUUCUUGUUUAAUAAGGCAAGGAUGCGGACUGGCUCACCACCUCCUGCACCAGAGCAAGUUGAAAUUAUUGAUAUUCCUGAUCCUCCAUUGCCAUCCUCAUCUCAUAACCCUCAUCCGAUGGAUGAUGCUACUGACCCAGCUUUAAAGGCCUUGCCUUCGUAUGAGAGGCAAUUUAGGUAUCAUUUCCAGUCUGGAAAUUCGAUUUACCGCCUUGCAUUAUCGAAAAUAGAGACAUGCAAGAGGCUCUUCCUAGAGCAGAAGGUACAAGAGAGAGCAUUGGAGAUUGCUAGGGGGAGUUUAGAUCACUACUAUAAGAUAAUUCUUAAAAACUACACCGAGUUUGUGAAAUGUUACUCGCAGCAGCAUCGUAGUCACAAUAACCUUCUGGUGAGUUUUGGGAGGGAUAUAGAGCAAUUGAGAUCUAUAAAACUUGUUCCAGCAUUGCUGACUGCUGAUCACCAGUGCUUACUAGAUUUUGUAAAGGUGGAGAACUUGUGGAGGAUGUUGGAGGAUUGCAGCAGUUCCCACAGGCACUUAGAAAACAAAGUUUCAGAAUUCAAGACGGAGUUUGGAGAGCUAAAGCGCAAUUUUGAACUUUUAUUUUCAUGUAAAGCUUCAUUUCUUAUUAAUGAAUUGGAUUUAGCAAUGAAAGACCACCAGAGGUAUAUCCAUGAGCAGAAGAGCAUAAUGCUGGCUUUAAGUAAAGACAUAGAUACUGUGAAGAAGCUCAUGGAUGACUGCGUUACCAGCCAGCUGUCAUCUUCACUCCGUCCCUUUGAUGCUGUUUCGGCCUUGGGUCCUAUGUAUGAUUGCCACGAAAAAAGUUGCCUACCAAAAAUGCAGUCUUGUGAUCUAGCAAUUUCAAAUUUGCUGGAUUUCUGCAGGGAUAAAAAGGAUGAAAUAAAUGCUUUUGUGCAUGAUUAUUUGCAAAGGAUUGCAUACAUUCAGUACUCCAUUAAACAAGUGCAUUAUAAGUUUCCUGUUUUCAAGGAAGCUUUGAAGCGUCAAAAUGAUCAAUUUGAGAGCUUAAAAGUGGUGCGUGGUAUUGGUCCUGCUUACAGGGCUUGCCUUGUGGAAGUGGUGAGAAGAAAGGCGACGAUGAAGCUUUACAUGGGCAUGGCUGGGCAAUUAGCUGAAAGACUUGCCUCAAAGAGGGAGGCUGAAAUUAGGAGACGCGAGAAAUUUCUGGAAGUACAUAGUAGAUAUAUCCCUAGUGAUAUUUUAGCAUCCAUGGGACUGUAUGACACUCCUAGCAUGUGUAAUGUUGAUAUAACUCCUUUCGACUCAAAUUUGCUCGAUAUUGACCUUUCAGAUGUAGACCGUUAUGCUCCCGAGUCUCUUUUAGGACUCUCUUCCAUGAGUGAGAAGCAUGGGGCUUUGAAGAGUUCAUUAUCAAUGUCUAAUGACGGUUCUCAACCUGCGGAAGUUGAAGUAAGUUCUGUGAGAUUCUAUGAGAAGGAUGACUCUGAGGAGUUACACCAGGAUUCAGAGCUACUGGAGAUUGCUGGGACUAGCAAGAUGGAAGUUGAGAAUGCAAAGCUGAAAGCUGAACUUGCUUCUAAAAUAUCUCUCAUAUGUACUAUUAGCACUGAGUUUGAUUAUGAAUCACCUGAUGACAAUCAAACCCAUAGUUUGUUGAAAAAUGCUGCUGAGAAGACCUCUGAAAACCACCUUGAAUCGAUGCUAAAGGUGAAGCAGAUGCAGUGUGAAUCCUAUGAAAAACGCAUUCAGGAGUUGGAGCAAAAGUUGUCUGAUCAGUAUCUGCAAGCACCUACGUUUUCAGCUGCUGAGCCUAUAUCUAACUUUGUGCCUUCAACUGUAAAUACUGAUGAGAAUAAGUUAGAAAUUUCAGGAGCUGGAGAAAUUCACAUACCUAAUGCAAUGCAAGAUAAGUUGCAAGAAGGUUUGGGUGAUAAUAUGAUAGAUCCCUUUAGUAUGCUAAACCGUCGAUUGAAUUCAUCAAUGCUAUAUGCACAGCGUGGCGAAGGGCUUCCUUUUGACAAUGAUAAGAAAGAAACACUAUUUCCAGUUGGUGGCACAGCACUUGCAGCGAGUUCUGUGGCUGUUAGCAUGCUGCAUCCUGCUGAUGUUACAUCCAGUGAAACUGCUCUUGAACCAGGUUUGGUUGCUAAAGCAAGCAAUGAACUUGUUCUGGGAUUGCAAAGUGCACUAGAAGAAAAAUCGAACCAAUUAAAUAAUGUGGAGAUCAAGCUCAAAGCUUUGGUGGAGGAGGUUUCAAAACUCGAGAGAGAGUUGGAGAACAGUCGAAAGCUAGUUGAUGAAUCUCAGAUAAAUAUUGCUCAUUUAGAAAAUUAUUUGCAUGAAGCAAGAGAGGAAGCCCAAUCCUAUCUUCACGCGGCUGAUUGUAUGGCCUCAGAAGAUAGUGCGCAGUACACCUCUGCCAUUGAAGUGCAUCGACUUUUUGAAAGACUGAAAAGUUGUGUUUCUUCAGCUGAGAUGACCGGUUUUUCUGACGCUUUGCGUGCUUUAGCUCAAUCUUUAUCCAAUUCCACCCACAAAAAUGACUAUGAUAUUACUGCUGAAUUCCGUGAAUGUAUCCACAUAUUUGCCGAGAAAGUUGAUGGUUUGGCGAGGCAUCGCAUUGAAUUGCUCGAUAGAUCUGUAAAAGCCGAAGCUGAAAUUGAACAGCUUAAGGAGGAGUUAGAUGAGAAGACAGAGUUGGUGAAUAAUACUCUUUACGCGAAGCAUCAACUUGAGAAGCAGGUAAACAAAGAGAGGAUAUCUUUUGGUCGGUUAGAAGUUCGGGAGAUUGCUGCAUUUGUUCUCGACUCUGCUGGGCAUUACAAGGCCAUCAAUCGUGACUGCCCUUAUUUUUACCUGUCAGCUGAAUCUGUGGCCUUGUUUGCUGACCAUCUCCCGACUCGUCCAAGCUACAUUGUUGGGCAGAUUGUGCAUAUUGAACGACAGACAGUGAAGUCACCUUCAUCCAACAGAGAUCUACUGACCUCAGACACAGAAACCAGCCAUUUGAUUAUGAGUUCAGAGUCAACUUCAAACCCUUAUGGACUCCCGGUUGGGUGUGAAUACUUCGUCAUAACAGUAGCCAUGUUGCCCUAUACUACUGUAAAUACGCCACCUCCUUCCUGA